UACCGACGGUAGGAAAUUGGAGACGCGUACACUUCCGUAAACUCACGGAGCCAGUCUUCAAUGGCUGCUGCAGCACACUUUCUUCUAUAUAUGAUCUUCAAGCAGGUUUUCCGUGUGGAUUUAAGUUCACUCACUUGUCUCAAUGGAUCGCAGCAGGUCACUUGACAGCGCUGGCAGAGAGAAAAGACACGAGAAGAAGAAGAAACGGAGACGGUCCUCCUCUUCUUCUUCUUCUUCUUCUUCAUCAUCAUCGACGUCGUCUUCCAGCAGCAGGAGUCGAAGCAAGUCGUCAAAAAAACCAUCUCACAAAAGUCAAGAUGUAAAAACACAAAGAAAGAAGCGCAGAAGAAGCUCUUCUUCUUCCUCAUCAUCCAGCUCUUCGUCCUCAUCGUCUUCAUCCUCGUCGAGUGAUGAAAAGACAAAGAAGAAGAAAGUUAAGGCUAGGAAGAAGAAGUCGAAGAAGAAGAAGGCGAAGCUGAAGAAACAGAAGAAAAUGGAGAAAAAGAAGAAAGAGAAACAGAAGAAGAAGGAGAAGAAGAAGAAAGCAGAGGUGGUGUUGUUGCCCACUCCCCCGGCGGAGAAGCCUCCAUCCUACCUGGAGGUGUGGCAGAGCGAAGAGGGGACAGUGGAGCUCGGGCCUGUCAUGACAGAUGAGCAGAAGGCCCGACUCUCCACUAAAAGGCCCCUGACCAAGGAGGAGUACGAGGCCAGACAGAGUGUGAUCCGCAGGGUGGUAGACCCAGAAACCGGACGGACCAGAUUGGUGAGAGGCGAAGGAGAGAUCAUAGAGGAGAUAGUCAGCCGAGAGAAACACAAAGACAUUAACAAGCAAGCCACCAAGGGAGACGGGAAUGCCUUCCAGAGGAAACUGGGACUCAACAAGUAGAAUAUGCCAUGACCUUCUUCAGGACAGCAGCCUCAAGGAGCUGCAUUUUACAUCAUAAUUUCAAACAGUUGCCUCUGAUUUCACUGUACAGUAGUGAAGGUACAAAUUAUAGAGGUCAUGUAGAGUAAUGACUAUAAUCCAUGUAAAAGCCAGUAUCUCCUAUUGAUUUGCCCUAUUAAAUCUGUGCGGGAGUUAGUGAGAGAUUUUAAUGUUUUGAUCCUACGGGGAUCUGCAAAAGGAACUCUACGCAAGGAAGAAGUCCCACAUUUGGUGAUUAACGCUUAUUUGUUUUAUCCAUGUUUGUACAUUUAAGGUUCAAUCCUGAAUGGACAGCAAGUACGAUUGUCAGUUGUCUGUACUUGUCAGUCAGUCAGCUGUGUGACUGCAACAGACCAUUCAAAUGUUUUCUUAAUUGGAAAUAAACCGUUUCAUGUUGUACUUUUAAAUCAAAGACAUUAAGAAGAUUGUUUGAGUGUUCAGUAGCUUGUCUGACUGACUCUUUUGGCUACAUACCCUACACCCACUCGUAGAUAUAUACUCAUCUUUACGUCUCACAUUUUGGUUCUCUUUGGUUCUCAGAACAAAACUGCAUUUGUGUGAACUGAUUCCAAAAAAAAAAAAAAAAAAAAAAAUGUAUUACCUACAAUUAAUUAUCCUUUAUUUAAAUACGCCCUGAUCUCUGAAGAGACUACCCUUGUGAUAUUAUUUUCAUGACAUUACCAUUUUGAGUGUGAAAAAAGGCAAAAACGACUGAAUGGUUCUUUAUAUGUUCUUUAUACACUGUACAUAAAAGCACGAGGGAAUGGACAACAAAUUAUCCAAAAACCUAUAAGAUACAUAUCCUGUACAAUUAAAAUAUUUACCAAGGUAUGUUGCAUAUAUAUAUAUACAGCCCAUGAAUGCUAACUGUUUAUGUAACAGUGGUUAACAUUGCGUUAACCUGGGGAACAGAUUAAGACCGAUGCAGCACAGAUUGCCUAAUGUUAGUGAAAUAUGUUAAACAGAUUUCUCCUUUGUACAUUUCCUUUUAAGUGCAAACAAGCCAAAGCCUUUUAAGAAAAAAUAUGGCCUUUUCCUAUUUC